AUGGUUGUGGCAUGUGUCGGUUCUGCCAUUUCCACCAUGCUAGCCCUAGUGGCUGCAGCUCACCAAACUGGCGGUCGUGUCAUUUGCAUCCUUCGUGAUCACAAAGAAUUGCAAAUAUCCAGACAAGUCCCAGGCUCGGAUGCCUGUCACAUUGAGUUUGUUAUUGGAGAAGCUCAAAAUCUUCUGUUAACCAACUAUAGUGAAGCAGACUUUGUGCUUAUUGAUUGUAACCUGGAGAACCAUCAAGGCAUUCUUGGAGCAGUUCAAGCUAGCAGGAAUGGUGGUCAGGUGGUUAUCAAAAGCAUCUCGUUUAUAUGA